AUGCAGCGCCCGGGAGUACCAUCGUCAAAGUUGAAGCCAAUGACGCCGAUAAGACCGAAGGCACACACCUCCUCUACAAAGUUGUGGGAGGACCUCAUGCUCGAUUCCCUGCUGGUAGGCUCCGGUCGCGACUUGGUAUUCAUUCAAGAAGAUGGCACACUUAUUCUCGGUGACACUCCUCUGAAUCGCGAAGCAAUGCCGCGUUUUGAUGUGGUGGUAGAGGCGAUCGACAGAAGCGGUAACAAGGAUACCACAACGGUUGUCGUCUCCGUAGGCGACGUUAACGAUAACGCUCCUGUUUUUCCGACGCCGUCGUUCACAUGGAAUGUCACUGAAGGACUAACUAACUCAUCACUCGACGUCACUGCUACGGACAGCGACACUGGUGCCAACGGGGAAUUAGAAUACCGUAUUGUGCACGGGAAUAUUGGUGGCUAUUUUACCAUUGAUAUGACGCCUGACAAUCGGGCGCUUCUCAAAACGGCGUUGCCGUUGGAUUUCGAACUUCGUAAAACCUUCCAACUCAUUAUCGAAGCCAAAGAUCGUGGUGUUCCACCACAUGCAGCGACCGCCACAGUCACCGUGAAUGUGUUCAACAUCAACGACAGUCCACCAAUCUUUCAACGAGUGAAUUAUGAGCAGGAG